AUAAUAAUAAGAAUCAAUAAAUUCAUUAUUCACUUAAUUGUGUGAUGUGCCAGUUGAAAUGAAAAAGAUUUUUUUUAUGCUCACUGUGAAGAUCUUUAAAAAGGACUCAACUUUUACAAAGUAACAUUGUGUAUAUGCUGAUUUACAAAUUCUUAAGAAUGGUUAAAUCAAAGAAGCAAGUAUAUUCAACAGUGACAAUUGGGGAUGAGAAAAUGAUAUGCGACAUUUGCAGAAGAUCAGAUGUGGAUGAAACUCAACUCGGUCAAAAAUGUUGUUAUAUGAAUUAUAAAUUACAUUAUUUCUGUUUGCUACUAACACAAAAUACAUAUCAGACUGCUAAGCCAGACACUGGUAUUUUUGGUUUUACUGCGAAAACUAUUCAAGCUGCAUAUCGAAGAAUAUCACAAAAGAUAUGCCAUUAUUGUGGUGAGAAGAGGGCGAAUAUUAAAUGCUAUGAUGAAUAUUGCAUGAUAUUCUAUCAUCUGCCAUGUGGAAUUUUAAAUGAAUGUGUUACGCAAUAUUUUGAGACAUUCAACACCUACUGCCCUGAUCAUGCCCCAAAACAGAUUGUUUCAAAUGAAGACAUGUUGUACUCUUUGGCUAAUUCACGAUUUGAAGACUGCUGUGGUAUCUGUUAUGAUACAUUAAUUCCUGAAAUUAAUUAUAAAACUUUGUGGCCACCUUGUUGUCGAAAUGGGUUUUUUCAUAGGAAAUGCAUUUUGCAAUUUGCCUUCUCUGCGGGUGAGUCGCAUUUCAAAUGCCCGCUUUGCAAUGACAAAAAUGUUUUUGUUGAAGAAAUGCGAAGAAUUGGAGUAUAUGUUCCAAAAAAAGAUGCUUCAUGGGAAUUGGAGCCGGAAGCCUUCUAUGAUUUAUAUUUGAGAUAUGAUAAGUGCGAUGCUGAACCUUGUUUGUGUCCAGAUGGUAGAAAUCAUAGAGGACGCGAAGAUUCAGACUGGAUAUUACUUCUUUGCAUUUACUGUGGUUCAUCAGGAUGUCACAAGGCGUGCAUGAGCCAAAGUUUAAGUUCCGAAGAAAAUUCAAAAUAUAAAUGUACCAUGUGCCUAUCGAAUGCUUUACAACAACAUAACAUUUCUUUAUCGAUGCAACUGCCACCAAUAAAAUGCAAGAAUAAAUCUUUGAAUAAGAAAUGUUCUAAUUAUGGAAGUUGUAAAACCGUUGAGGCGAAGCAAGUCACAGAGGGGAUAAUGGUAGUUGCCGAUGCACCUGGUAAAGCAGUUGAUGUGUUGGAUAAUGUUGUUGAUAAUGGAGUGAGAGCAAUGUCAAGCUCCUCAGAAUCAGUUUACAUUUGUUCUAAUUGUCCACCUUUGGCACGAAUUAUGGCCUUCAAACGGCAGAAAAACCAUAACACGCUGCACGAAAGUGGCUCUGGGGUAUUUUGGUCCAUUCCCGGCGAGGCGCCUUUAUGGGAUGAUCGACACUUUGGUAUUUUUGAGUGCGAACCUUACUCUUCAAAAUGUCCAAGACACAAAAGUCCAGCGAAUUUAGAUCCAGAGAUUUUGGUGGCUAUUGUGCGAUGGAAAUGA